AUGGAAGAUUUUAGCGAUGAUGAUAUAAAUUACUUUAUUGCGAAGUUAAGCGAAGACUGUUCAAAGUCCUUCUUUGAUAACUAUUAAAAUGAUUCCUAACUUUUAGGGAUAAAAUGUAUCUAUUUACAUAGAUCUUAUAGUGGAUGAAUAGUUGAUAAAAUAAAUUAGAGAUAAAGAAGAGAUGAUGAAAACAAUGUUUGAUUUAUUAAGUAUUUGGCCAUAACAAAUUUAGACUAUAUUUUUAACAAAUAACAAAAAAUUCUUGCUGAUUACGAAGAUCUUAAAAUUUAGUGUGAACACAGCCUUUUGGUUUAGAAAUAAGAAAUAUAAUAAACUUAAUAUCAAAUAGAACAAUUAUAAGUAAAUUAAUAUCUAAAUAAUAGACUUAAAAUGCAGAAAAUUAAGAAAAAAAUUAGUAAUUUCUUGACUAGAUAGAAGAAUUAGAAAAUCAGCUAUCGCAAAAGAAAUCUGAAAUUUUUUAAAUGAAAUAAAAUGAAGGAAGAAUAAGUUAAAAUCAUUAAGUAAUUAAUACUUUUUUAUUUAAAAAGGCACAUGAAAUAAAAUCUCAAGAACAAAAAGAGUAAUUAUAAAGUCUCCAAACCAAAGUAUAACAACUUGAAGAAAUUAACAGCAAGUUUAAAAGCGAAGCUAUAGCAUCGUUCAAUUUAUUGAGAUAGUAUGAAAUGAAAUAAAAAGAUUAUGAAGAUAAAAUAGAAAUUUUAGAAUUAUAGUUAAAAAGUAGUCUAUUUAUUAAACUUAGAUAAUUAGAGAGAAAAAGAUAAAUUGUCUAAAUAGUAUGAGGAAUUAUUCAAGAAAUAAUAAUCAGAAAUUAUGACAUCAACAUAAAUUAGUAUUAAUAACAACUUUAUUCAUAAUUCUCCUCAAAAAUCAACUCGAAAGAAUAGUAAUUAUUCUAGCAAUAAUAACAAUCAUGAAACCAUAUAAAAAUUAAGACGACAAAGUGGUUUUUUGAAUUAACCAAAAUUAGAAUAAAUCUAAAAAUAAAUAAAUAAUAUCCCUGAAUCGGAAAGCGAAUCUGAAAAUGAAUUAACUAGUGGAAAAACAUUGAAAUAGGAAAAGAAUGAAAAAAAAAACAUUUAAAAAGAGUUGAAUAAUUUAAAAGUCAAAAUUGAAGAAUUAGAGAAAUAAAAGGGUGAAAUGGAAAAAGAAUUGACUUAAAAUAAAGAGAUGAUCUCUAAUUAAGAUACUAAAAUUAGAUAAUUAGAAACAAAUUAAAAGAAGAUGAAUCUAAAAUCUACCUAAUUAGAAAAAAAAGUUACUAAUUUAACAGAAGGUAUAUUUUAAAAGUUAUUUAUAGAAAAAAAUGCUUUAGAAGAAACUUAUAAGCAAGAAAAAUCAUAAGAAUAAGAUCAAUUAAAGAAACAAAGUGAAGAUUUUAUGAAUAAGAUAAAAUUUUUAUAAAAUGAGAAUUAAUAAUAUGCAUCACAAUUAAAAGAACUAAACGAAUAUAAAAAUAAAUAUCAUGAACUGUGUUUAAGUAAUCGCAUAUUAUAAAUAGAUUUUUACAGAAAAUCUGAAAGAGGAAGACGAAAUGGAAGCAUUUCUAAGAACACAUGAAUCUGCAGCAACUGCACAUAAAUAAAGUAAUAAAUAUAAAAAAAAUUAGUGUAAAAGUAAUAAGAAAAAUAACUUUAUCAAAUAAACUUAAAUUAGAUUCUAAAUAUUUCUGAUGCUGAUUUGAUUUUCACUAGGGCAAGAAGUAAUGCAAGCGUCUUUAAAAAGAAGGAUAUACCUAUUGAGUAAACAGAAAUAUUUAAAAAAAAGUUAAAAGAAUAGUUAGAUCAAAGCCUAAAAAAUGUUCUUAUGUCAGAAUAAAAUAAUUCAGAUAUAUUAUAAAAGACAUUACUUUAAGUAAAUCAAUAUGAAUUAUAAUUGAAAAAUAUGUAAGAGGAGAAUCAAAAAUUAAAAUUUGAAAUCGAUGAAUAAAAAAAAAAAAUAGAUCUCUUAAAUUUUAAAAAUAAAGAGCUUGAAAUUUAAAAUGACAAAGAUAAACUUGAAAUGAUUGAACAUUCAAAAUUAUUGGACUAAUCCAAAGUAAAGUUGUAUAAAAGUGAAUAAUAAUUAAAUCUAUUGAAUGAAAAAUUAAAAGGCUUAUAAGAAAUAGUGGAUUAAUAAGAAAAGGAUAUAAGUAAUCUCAAUGAAAAAAUUAUUCAAUAAAGUAAAUUAAUGGAUGAUUAAGCUAAAAUAUCUAAAUAAGAAAUAGAUAGAUUAAAUGAUAGAAACGAUAAUAAAUAAUUAAAAUUAGAUCAAGCUUUGAUAGAAAUUUAACACCUAACAACAGAUAAUAAAAUGGCCAAAAUUAAGAGCGAUACUGAUAUCAAAAAUUUAACCGAAAAAAAUACAAAAUUGUAAAAUUAACUUGAUUUGAUUGUAAAGUAAAAAGAAUAAUAGGAGUAAGAGUUUAAUAGUAUUAACGAUAUAAAUUCUAAAAUGGAAUAAACCUUGUAGGCUAUAAUGAAAAAUUAUUCUGAUAUAGAAAUUAAAUGUGCAAAUUUAGAGAGAGAAAAACAAUAAUUAGAAUAAUAAAACUAAGAAAUAAAUGAAAAAUUAAAAAAAAUAAUUUAAAAAAAGAAAAUAUUAAAAGAACUUAAUGUUGCAAAAGAUUAAAACUAUAUUAAAAUUAAAACUGAAUUAGAAAUAGAAACAGAAAAAUGUUCUAAUUAAUAAAAUAAAAUUAACAGUCUUAAAGAUGAUUUAGAAAAUCUUAAAUAAGAAAAUUUAAUAAUGUACAAUAAUAUUGAAUAAGAUAGAAACUAAAAAAUAGAAGAAAGCAACUAGCUGAAAACUGUAAUUACUGAGUUAGAAAUGAAUAAGACUGAGUUGAAUCGAUAAAAAGAAUAACUAGAUAAAGAGAUUGAAGAAAUAAAGUUACAAUUUACUAAUUAGAAUGAAGGGAAUUAACAAAAAAUACAUUUUCUAGAAGAAGAAACAUAAAAAAAAGAUAAAGAAAGUGAAAAGUUGAGACUUGAGUUAGAAGUGAUAAAAAAAGAAAAAGAGCAUUAAGUUGCAUCUCUCAAAGAAGAGCUCUCAGAAAGUGAGAAAAAGCUUUUGCAUAUUUAAAAUGAAUUGUAAUCUCUUUAAGAAUAAUUCAAACAACUUUAACUUUCAAUGAAUGCUUCUCAAUCAGAAGCUCACAAUUCAUAUCAAGAGUUACAAUUAAAAUACAAUAGUAUUGAAUAAGAUAGAAACUAAAAAAUAGAAGAAAGCAACUAGCUGAAAACUGUAAUUACUGAGUUAGAAAUGAAUAAGACUGAGUUGAAUCGAUAAAAAGAAUAACUAGAUAAAGAGAUUGAAGAAAUAAAGUUACAAUUUACUAAUUAGAAUGAAGGGAAUUAACAAAAAAUACAUUUUCUAGAAGAAGAAACAUAAAAAAAAGAUAAAGAAAGUGAAAAGUUGAGACUUGAGUUAGAAGUGAUAAAAAAAGAAAAAGAGCAUUAAGUUGCAUCUCUCAAAGAAGAGCUCUCAGAAAGUGAGAAAAAGCUUUUGCAUAUUUAAAAUGAAUUGUAAUCUCUUUAAGAAUAAUUCAAACAACUUUAACUUUCAAUGAAUGCUUCUCAAUCAGAAGCUCACAAUUCAUAUCAAGAGUUACAAUUAAAAUACAAUAGUAUUGAAUAAGAUAGAAACUAAAAAAUAGAAGAAAGCAACUAGCUGAAAACUGUAAUUACUGAGUUAGAAAUGAAUAAGACUGAGUUGAAUCGAUAAAAAGAAUAACUAGAUAAAGAGAUUGAAGAAAUAAAGUUACAAUUUACUAAUUAGAAUGAAGGGAAUUAACAAAAAAUACAUUUUCUAGAAGAAGAAACAUAAAAAAAAGAUAAAGAAAGUGAAAAGUUGAGACUUGAGUUAGAAGUGAUAAAAAAAGAAAAAGAGCAUUAAGUUGCAUCUCUCAAAGAAGAGCUCUCAGAAAGUGAGAAAAAGCUUUUGCAUAUUUAAAAUGAAUUGUAAUCUCUUUAAGAAUAAUUCAAACAACUUUAACUUUCAAUGAAUGCUUCUCAAUCAGAAGCUCACAAUUCAUAUCAAGAGUUACAAUUAAAAUACAAUAGUAUUGAAUAAGAUAGAAACUAAAAAAUAGAAGAAAGCAACUAGCUGAAAACUGUAAUUACUGAGUUAGAAAUGAAUAAGACUGAGUUGAAUCGAUAAAAAGAAUAACUAGAUAAAGAGAUUGAAGAAAUAAAGUUACAAUUUACUAAUUAGAAUGAAGGGAAUUAACAAAAAAUACAUUUUCUAGAAGAAGAAACAUAAAAAAAAGAUAAAGAAAGUGAAAAGUUGAGACUUGAGUUAGAAGUGAUAAAAAAAGAAAAAGAGCAUUAAGUUGCAUCUCUCAAAGAAGAGCUCUCAGAAAGUGAGAAAAAGCUUUUGCAUAUUUAAAAUGAAUUGUAAUCUCUUUAAGAAUAAUUCAAACAACUUUAACUUUCAAUGAAUGCUUCUCAAUCAGAAGCUCACAAUUCAUAUCAAGAGUUACAAUUAAAAUACAAUAGUAUUGAAUAAGAUAGAAACUAAAAAAUAGAAGAAAGCAACUAGCUGAAAACUGUAAUUACUGAGUUAGAAAUGAAUAAGACUGAGUUGAAUCGAUAAAAAGAAUAACUAGAUAAAGAGAUUGAAGAAAUAAAGUUACAAUUUACUAAUUAGAAUGAAGGGAAUUAACAAAAAAUACAUUUUCUAGAAGAAGAAACAUAAAAAAAAGAUAAAGAAAGUGAAAAGUUGAGACUUGAGUUAGAAGUGAUAAAAAAAGAAAAAGAGCAUUAAGUUGCAUCUCUCAAAGAAGAGCUCUCAGAAAGUGAGAAAAAGCUUUUGCAUAUUUAAAAUGAAUUGUAAUCUCUUUAAGAAUAAUUCAAACAACUUUAACUUUCAAUGAAUGCUUCUCAAUCAGAAGCUCACAAUUCAUAUCAAGAGUUACAAUUAAAAUACAAUAGUAUUGAAUAAGAUAGAAACUAAAAAAUAGAAGAAAGCAACUAGCUGAAAACUGUAAUUACUGAGUUAGAAAUGAAUAAGACUGAGUUGAAUCGAUAAAAAGAAUAACUAGAUAAAGAGAUUGAAGAAAUAAAGUUACAAUUUACUAAUUAGAAUGAAGGGAAUUAACAAAAAAUACAUUUUCUAGAAGAAGAAACAUAAAAAAAAGAUAAAGAAAGUGAAAAGUUGAGACUUGAGUUAGAAGUGAUAAAAAAAGAAAAAGAGCAUUAAGUUGCAUCUCUCAAAGAAGAGCUCUCAGAAAGUGAGAAAAAGCUUUUGCAUAUUUAAAAUGAAUUGUAAUCUCUUUAAGAAUAAUUCAAACAACUUUAACUUUCAAUGAAUGCUUCUCAAUCAGAAGCUCACAAUUCAUAUCAAGAGUUACAAUUAAAAUACAAUAGUAUUGAAUAAGAUAGAAACUAAAAAAUAGAAGAAAGCAACUAGCUGAAAACUGUAAUUACUGAGUUAGAAAUGAAUAAGACUGAGUUGAAUCGAUAAAAAGAAUAACUAGAUAAAGAGAUUGAAGAAAUAAAGUUACAAUUUACUAAUUAGAAUGAAGGGAAUUAACAAAAAAUACAUUUUCUAGAAGAAGAAACAUAAAAAAAAGAUAAAGAAAGUGAAAAGUUGAGACUUGAGUUAGAAGUGAUAAAAAAAGAAAAAGAGCAUUAAGUUGCAUCUCUCAAAGAAGAGCUCUCAGAAAGUGAGAAAAAGCUUUUGCAUAUUUAAAAUGAAUUGUAAUCUCUUUAAGAAUAAUUCAAACAACUUUAACUUUCAAUGAAUGCUUCUCAAUCAGAAGCUCACAUUUUAUAUCAAUAACUGCUAAAAGAAUAACAUACUAAAGAAACAAUUCAUUAAAAUGAGCUUAAUUAAUUAAAUCAAUAAAUUAUUGAGUUUAAUCUCAAAAUUCAGGGAUACUAAACCGAAGUUUAAACACUCAAUUCUAAUAUAUAGUAACUAACAAUCAGUAACAAUUCGUAAAAUCAUUAGUUUACUUAAUAUUACAUAUAAGACCAAUUAUAAAUACUAGUAUUAGAAUCAAUCAUACACAAUAUAUCUUUGGAAGCAAAUGCUUAUAAAUAAAAAUCUGAAAUAUUAUUAAAAGAAAGUUAAUAAAAAAUUAUAGAAGUGAAUUUAAAUUUACAAUAAUAAUUAACGAAUUGUUAAAACUUUUAAUAAUUAAACAAUGAGAUUGAUCAAGAGUUAAAAAGAAUUAAAAAAAUUUCAUAAGAAGAUAUAACUAUGAUUUAAUAAUUGACUCAUUAACUUACUCUAAAAGAUUAAUAAAUAAAUUAAAUCUAAAUCUAAUAUUAAUAAUUUGAAUAAUAGCAAAACAAAAGUUUAUAAGAUUUAGAAGAUUUGAAGAUUUUGUUUGAGUAAAUACAGAAAGAAAAACUUCAACUUGAAAUUCAUUUAGCAGAAUAAUAUUAGCUUGUUAAGGAAGCUCAUACUUAAUAAGAUUUGUAUUCUUAGGAAUUAACAGAAAGCAAAUUAGAAGUUUAAAGAUUAAAUGAUUAAAUUUCAUAAAUUUUUGAAAAAGACAAAAAUUAAAGUGUAGAAACCUAAAACUUGAAAUAAUUAAUUGAUUAAUUGUCUGAAGAGAAGCAAUAUCUUUAAGAAUUAACAAAGACUUUUGAAGAGACUAUUUAAAGAAAAGACGAAGAAAUAGAUGAGAUAAAUAAGAAUCUUGAAGAAUUAAAAUAAUCUUUAACUUUGAAAGUUUAUGAAAUAGAAUAGCUAGAAUAAGAUUUUAAAUAAGCAAAAGAGGAUCUUAUUUUGAAUCAGCAAAAACUUUUGGAUGAAUAAAAUUUUAGGGCUACACAAGAAACUCAAUUUAAAAUAUAACUUGAAAAUUAUAUAAAAUCACAACAAAAAAAUUCUGAUGUCUUAGAUAUUUCAGAAAAUAAGAUUGAGUUACUUGAAUAACUGUAAGGACAAAAAAUAGAAUUUGAUGUCAAUAUUUAAACAUAAAAUGAAAAAUUAAGAAUAUAUGAGUUAUAGGUUUUAGAAUUGAGAAAUGAGUAAUUCAAAUACUUAGAAAAAAUAAACGAAUUGUCAGAAAUAAUUAAUAGUGAAAGUGUAUUUAGAGAAAUGCAAAAGUAUAAAAUUUAAAUAUUGUUAGAAAUUUUAUUUAGGAAAUUUUAGUGCAUCUAAUAAAGCAAUCUGAUGGAUUGAAAAAGAUUAAUCAGUAAGAAACAGAGAAUUUAAUCUAAGAUGAUUAUGAUGACCUAGAUAAAUUAAAGUAAUUUAUUUUAAUAUUUUUAUAGAACUAGUACAAUGAUGUAAAUAAAUAUUCUUAAUCGUUAAAUAGAAUUAACAAUUAAUAAUUUUAAAGAAGUUUAAAUGAAAAUUUUAUCAUCUAAUGAGUAAAUUAAUUAAUUGGAAUAAUCAUUAAAAGAAAGUUAGGAAAAUUAAACUAAUAAUAAAUUAUUAAUAGAAAGCCUAAUAUUAAAUAUUUCAGGCUUAAAUGAAAAAAUUGAAGGAUAUUAAAAAUCUUCUUCGGUUAAUUUACAUGAAAUUACAAAAUAGCAAGAAUAAGAAAUGGAAUUGUUGAAAAAGGAUUACUAAAAUAAAAUUAAUCGAAUUUAAGAAGCAUUAAAUAGAAGAGAAUAAGAUUUUAAUGCUUUGAAGUAUUUUUUUAAUUUAUGAUCAUAGUGAUUAGUAUAAUUUGAUGCUCUAAGAUUAAAUUAAUAAAACUGAAGAAUUGAAUAAUUUGAGGAAGAAAUAUGAUGAUUUUAUGAACGAUAUAGACAAAAUGACACCAACUAGAUCUCCUUCAAAUUCUAUCUCCUAAAAACCUAAUCAAAUAGAUUAGUAUUAAUAAUAUUUUAUACUUGUAUUUAAAUAUAUUAUGUAGACUGCUCAAGCUGUUGCUCUAAGUAGUGACGAUCCCAUGGCUGCUGCAGAAAUUAAAUUAAAAAACUUCUAUUAAGAAGUAAAAAAUCGCAAUUUACCUUUUCAUCAAGUAAUUUUCUAUUUAUUAUUUUAGUGGCAUAUUUGGCUAUAAUUAAAACUUAAAGAAGAACUCUCUAAGAAUAGAAAACGGUGA